AACGUUCCUCUCAGAAUGAUCUCUCUCUGGUUGUUCGUCGGUUUCGUCUCUCUCUGCUGCCGUCAAGCGACGACGAAGAGCACCGGGGACGACAUCCAACCAGCAGUUCAACUAUCAGGAAAAAGUAGAUGGAAUCUGGUCAAGGACAAGCACCAACACGCCGAGAAGAGUUUCAUAAAGCCACUAGAGAAGAAACCUACACUCGAACGUGUCAGCACCGUCAUAUCGCAAUCCCAAAGUUUGGGAAAGAUACCCAAAGUUGAUCAAAGGAGCAAACCGAGACUGCCGAGCAUAAACGCAAAUCGUCAGGCAAACACCUCUCGAUCCGUUUUUACCAUGGAGACCGUUUGCUCUCCGGAACGCUACAUUGUCAGAUUGCGGCACGGCAACUGCACGCGCAUCGUCGAAACGACGAUGUGCUACGGUUUUUGCAAGAGUUACACUCUUCCCGUCUCUCAGGCGUUUCAUUCGGCGGCAACGGCACGGCACAGCCUCGCCAACGCGUGUCAGUGCUGCACGGCACGGUUGGGCGCGACGAGGGCCGCACCUCACGACGUGACGUGUGACAUUGGUGGAGAGCAGAGCAAAAAGACCUUCUACGUUCCGAUUGCGAAGACAUGCGAGUGCAGACAGUGCGUCGUCAACUACUAAUCCACGAGCAAAACGAACGUCAGAGAGGACGGGACCAAAAAUCUUAUCAAAGUUGGUGAAAAAAUUUCUGCAAACUUAGCUUUCAUAUUCUUUAGUAUGUAUUGUCUGGAUAUAUUUAAUGGUUGAACAGUUUUAGUGAGAACGUUAAAAUUCAAGUAAAUGCAAGUAACUCUGUAUGUAUAACCGAUUCAGAGAGUUACCAUUCGAUUGUUUGACCACCGGUCGAUUCCAAUUAUAAGCAAUCAC